AUGGGGCCGCCCGCAGGCGCUGACAGCCCUGUCGCCCUCCCAGGGACCGACCUGCCUGUGUGUGCGAGCUGUGGCCACGGCAUCUACGACGGGCAGUACCUGCAGGCUCUCAACGCAGACUGGCACGCCGACUGCUUCAGGUGCUGCGAGUGUGGGGCCUCCCUGUCGCACCAGUAUUACGAGAAGGAUGGGCGCCUCUACUGCAAGAAGGACUACUGGGCUCGCUUCGGCGAGCUCUGCCACGGCUGCUCCGAGCACAUCACCAAGGGGCUCGUCAUGGUGGCCGGGGAGCAGAAGUACCACCCCGAGUGCUUCAGCUGCCUCAACUGCCACGCGUUCAUCGGUGACGGGGACACCUACGCGCUCGUGGAGCGCUCCAAGCUCUACUGUGGGCACUGUUAUUACCAGAUGGUGGUGACGCCAGUCAUCGAGCAGAUCCUGCCGGACUCGCCGGGCUCCCGCAUCCCACACACCGUCACGCUCGUCUCCAUCCCCGCUUGCUCCGAUGGGAAGAGAGGCUUCUCCGUGUCCAUCGACCAGCACUGCAGCGCGCAGGGCUGCGGCGCUGAGCACUCGCACACUGUCCGCGUCCGGGAAGUUGACCCAGACUGCAUCAGCCCUGACAUGAAGAACUCCAUCCAUGUGGGAGACCGGAUCCUGGAGAUCAACGGCACCCCCAUCGGGCACGUGCCGCUGGACGAGAUCGACCUGCUGAUCCAGGAGACCAGCCGCCUGCUCCAGCUGACCAUCGCACGCCCUGCAGCGAGGCCGGCGCCAUGCGGCAGCGCGCCGUCAUGUAAGGCCUGCACCUCCCGUGUGCACCCCGGCUUCCACCCCUGCUCCAGGCACCCACCGGAGCCUUGGCAUGGCUUUCCCUGCAGGAGGAGCUGCAGCACGGACAAGUCUCCCGCCUCCAGCUCCGUGGGCUCACCGGCCUCCCAGCGCAAGGACAUCAGCCGCUCCGAGUCGCUCCGUGUGGUCUCCCGCACCCACCGCAUCUUCCGUCCCUCGGAUCUGAUCCACGGCGAGGUGCUGGGGAAGGGCUGCUUCGGACAAGCCAUCAAGGUGACACACCGGGAGACGGGCGAGGUGAUGGUCAUGAAGGAACUGAUCCGCUUUGACGAAGAGACGCAAAGGACCUUCCUCAAAGAGGUGAAGGUGAUGCGCUGCUUGGAGCACCCCAAUGUGCUGAAGUUCAUCGGGGUGCUGUACAAGGAGAAGAGGCUCAACUUCAUCACGGAGUACAUCAAGGGGGGCACCCUGCGGGGCCUCAUCAAGAGCAUGGACAGCCACUACCCGUGGAGCCAGCGCGUCAGCUUUGCCAAGGACAUCGCAGCUGGCAUGGCCUACCUCCAUUCCAUGAACAUCAUCCACCGUGACCUCAACUCCCACAACUGCCUCGUGCGGGAGAACAAGAGUGUGGUUGUGGCCGACUUCGGCCUGGCACGGCUCAUGGUGGAUGAGAAGAACCAGCCUGAGCAUCUCAAGAACUUGAAGAAGCCGGACCGCAAGAAGCGCUACACGGUGGUGGGCAACCCCUACUGGAUGGCCCCCGAGAUGAUCAAUGGCCGGAGCUACGACGAGAAGGUGGACAUCUUCUCCUUCGGGAUUGUCCUGUGCGAGAUCAUCGGCCGAGUCAGCGCUGACCCUGACUACCUGCCCCGCACUACGGACUUCGGCCUCAAUGUGAGGGGGUUCCUGGACCGCUAUUGCCCCCCUGCCUGUCCCCCCAGCUUCUUCCCCAUCGCGGUGUGCUGCUGUGACCUGGACCCUGAGAAGCGGCCGUCCUUCAGCAAACUGGAGCAGUGGCUGGAGACCCGGCGCAUGCACCUCGAGAUCCCCCUGCCGCUGAGCUCGCAGCUGGAGCAGCUCGAACGGGCCUUCUGGGAGACGCACCGGCGGGGCGAGAGCGGGCUGCCCACGCACCCCGAGCUCCCCGACAGAGCCGUGCAGCCCUGCCCCCUCUAA